UGACAACAUGUCGGUUAUAACAACAUACAUUGCACACUGUCAACGUUAUUCCACUCGAUUUGUUGUUGCCUUUAGUUUUGUGUCAUUGAACUUUCAUUUUGCCAAGUUGCAAUCUUAAAAUAUUUAACUCAAUUUGAUUUUGUGUAAUUGUUUUGUAACAUUAAAUGUGCAUAUGAUAUUUUUAAUACCCGCUAGCAAUUAUUAUUAUUAUUAUUAUUAUUAUUAUUAUUAUUAUUAUUAUUAUUAUUAUUCUUAUUUUAGAACAUAACUUAUCAAACCUAACCAUGUUUGAUUGUGAAAUUGAGGAAAGAAAUAUAUCAAAUAUACGACUUAAGUUUAAAGGAGCAAGUUUAAAGUCAGGUCAAAACUCAAACAUAUUCUGGAAGUCAGAUUUAAGGGUCGGCAGCGAUGUACAAUAUCUAGACGAAGAGAGAGCGAUAUCUAUCAAGAAAUCCGGUCAUUACUUUAUUAAUGUACAGCUUACAAUCAGAAUGAAUGUCGGAAGCUGUUCUGAAAAUGUUGACAAACUUGUAAAACUUCAAGUUAUUCGUGUCCCUGUGAAACAAAGAAGUGAGCUUAUUAUCGUUGAGAAUGUUCAUUCCGUGUGUCAAAUACCUGAUGAACAAAGUGAACAGUCAAUCAACGUUGGUGCAGCAUUUCAGCUGAAGGAAAAUGACAAGUUUUAUGUGGCCUUUUCACAUCCGAAUUUACUCUCAACAGGACAUGAGAGGGAUCAUUUUAGUAUUCAUGCAAUAUGAAAGCAGUAUUUUAAAAUCUGUCAAUAGCUGUCUGACCCUUAGGAUAUGUUUUUAAAUUUGUCUUUUGGCAUUUUCUAGUGGUAUUGGGUGGUUCCAACAUUCCUAUUUGAAUCAUGUUGAAUCACCCUUAGGAUAUGUUGCCUGUUUUUUAACUUUGUCUUUUAACGUUUUAUCUGUGAUAUGCAGGCUUCAUAACCUCUGACCCCUUUUCAAAAUUCCAUUAGUUUAGUUCCGCCCAUUGUUUUCUCGUUUAGGGCACAAGCUUUUUAUUACUUGGGGACCAUACGCCGCUUUUCAUGGAAUGGAACUACUGUGUGACAUUGAAGGUUCUAUGAUAACCGCUGUAUGAACACAUCUGUGAAUGUUUCCAAAUUCAAAAUGUCACCAUAUUCGUGUUUAAAUGUUGAAUUCUGCUUAAGCCGGUGCUAGUGGACGUGGACGAUAACUUACACUUUUCAGUACCAUCCAUGAACAGGCUCAAUGAAAUCGAGCCGGCAACAUUUUCAAUUUUGCCUUGUUUGGCUUUCUUAAGAGAUUCUGUUUUUCUCAAUAUUAUUUUGUUGAUUUAGCAUAAAUAUAUUCAAGUUCUUUGUAGUACUCUGAUUAUAGUCUUUUUAUAUUUCUU